CUAGGGGUCAGUAGCGAGCCGGGCAGCGAUGGCGGCGGCCGCCGGGCUGUGGAGGCUGAGGCGGCGCCUGGCCGGGCCUGUGGCCGCAGCCUGCAGCAGCAGCAGCGCGGCCCGGCCGGAGCAGCUCACCCUGAGGCGGCAGGCCGAGGGGGUCCGAAACAUUGUCUUGAACAACCCCAAGAAGAGAAACGCCCUGUCCCUCUCCAUGCUGCAGGCGCUGAAGGAGGACCUGCUGCACGACAGCAAAAGCAAAGAGCUCCGCGUUAUCAUCAUUUCAGCUGAAGGCCCUGUGUUUUGUUCUGGCCACGAUUUAAAGGAACUGUCAAGCGAAGAUGAUGUGAAGCAUCAUUCCCAAGUAUUUGCAAUGUGUGCAGAGGUUAUGACUUUAAUCCAGAAACUUCCGGUGCCGGUGAUUGCCCAGGUAAAUGGCUUGGCUACAGCGGCAGGCUGUCAGCUAGUGGCAAGCUGCGACAUUGCGGUGGCGAGUGAGAAAUCUCAAUUUGCUACUCCUGGAGUAAACAUUGGAUUGUUUUGCUCCACACCAGCUGUGGCCUUGGGCAGAUCUCUUCCAAGAAAGGUGGCAUUAGAGAUGCUUUUCACGGGUGAACCUCUUUCUGCCCGUGAAGCGUUAAUGCACGGGCUUGUCAGCAAGGUGGUACCAGAAGACAAGCUGGAAGAAGAGACCAUGAGAAUCUCUCGCAAGAUAUGCAAAAGCAGCAAAUCCGUCCUGGCACUGGGGAAAGCCACUUUCUACAGACAGAUGGCACAGGACCUUGAUACUGCUUACAAAAUAACCUCUCAGGUCAUGGUAGACAAUUUGACUUUGAGGGAUGGGCAGGAAGGCAUUGAAGCCUUUAUUCAGAAACGUAAGCCUGUCUGGUCCCAUUCUCAGGAUGAGAAGAAAUGAAUACUGUUUCUAAGCUAAGCUUAGCUGUGCUUCAUGAUUCUUCACGCAGUUGCCUUUGGGAACUAUAUUCCUGUUCUUUCUGAAAGUUAAAUUUCUUAUCACACAUAUGCCAAAGCCACAAUAAAUGAUUUCUAAGUAUAUAUAAUAAAUUUUAAGAAAAAUCAAA